AUGUAUGUAAAUAAAAGAACAAAUGAACAACAAAUUGAUAAUAAAAAAGUAGUUGCAUUGUUAUUUAUUGCAUUUGUAAUUGCAAAUAGCUCUCAAGUAAUGGAUACUGAAACUUUGAAAAAUAUCCAUAAACAAAUAAAGGUUGAAAAAAAUCAAAAAUCAAGAAGCGAAAUUAAAAAUUCAAAAAAACAAAUAUUCUUCAACAGUAGAGUCCAAUGCAAUAAAAAAAAUAACAUUUAA